UAUCAACGACUCAACUAUUAAUGGAGGGAAAAAAAAUUAAAAAAUAUCCAGAUUGUCUUCAUUCAAGAUAGAAUUGCCCCUGUAAGUAAAAUGGGCCUAAGAGUUCAUUAGUUAUUUUCAUAUUUCUGAAUAGAGGCCCAAAAUCAGGCCAUGUUCAUUGUUUGACCUGUCAAAAUUCAAAAAGGAAAAAAGAGUUAGUAAAACAACCAACAAAUCACCUCGGGAUAAUCCAUGAUUAUGUUUCGUAAUCAACGAUAUGACGUCACCGUAUAAUAAUUUUUUUAUUAUUAUAAAUAAAUCCCUCUUCUUCAAGUCUGAUUUUGCUGUUUAUCUAUUCCUUGAAAAAAAGGCUCUACUAAAAUACUACUAAUUCAGCUUCGACGAGGCAAUUCGAUCUUGAUUUUGGUCCCUAAAGUCAACCCAGCUGUCGAGAAAGGGUCUGGAAAUUUUUUCUGCAAAAAUAUGGCGGUGGAAAAGACUGGGAUUGCUAAGGAUGUUACUGAAUUGAUCGGCAAAACCCCAUUGGUGUAUCUGAACAAUGUUGUGGAGGGAUGUGUUGGCCGGGUCGCUGCCAAGCUGGAGAUGAUGGAGCCAUGCUCUAGUGUGAAGGAUAGGAUUGGUUACAGUAUGAUUGCUGAUGCUGAGGCAAAAGGACUUAUUAAGCCUGGGGAGAGUGUCUUGAUUGAACCUACAAGUGGAAACACGGGUAUAGGGUUGGCAUUUAUGGCUGCAGCUAAGGGAUAUAAGCUUAUCAUUACCAUGCCUGCUUCAAUGAGUCUUGAGAGAAGAACUAUUCUUCUUGCCUUUGGGGCUGAGUUGGUUCUCACCGACCCCGCCAAGGGAAUGAAAGGUGCUGUUCAGAAGGCUGAGGAAAUUAGGCAAAAGAUUCCCAAUUCCUACAUCCUCCAGCAAUUUGAGAACCCUGCUAACCCAAAGAUUCACUAUGAAACUACUGGACCUGAGAUUUGGAAAGGCACUGAUGGGAAAAUUGACGGUCUUAUUUCUGGAAUUGGUACCGGUGGUACAAUCACGGGAGCUGGUAAAUUCCUGAAAGAGCAGAAUCCUAAUGUAAAGCUAUAUGGAGUCGAACCUGUUGAAAGUCCUGUUCUAACUGGAGGAAAGCCUGGUAAGCCAUAUGGCAUUCUAUUUUAAGUGAGAUAUUUUUGUACAAAAGAGGCAAGCGCUUAGCGCUGCAUGUUUUCUGAGGAACAGUGAUUGUCAGGAUGUUCCGCUUUGUUGUCACCGUUUUAUAUCCUCUGAUGUGUUAAUAAUCCAUGUGUAGGUCCACAUAAGAUUCAGGGGAUAGGUGCUGGUUUUGUUCCUGGAGUUUUGGAUACUAGUAUAGUAGACGAAGUUGUUCAGGUUAGUGUUGUACUUUUUUCCCUUCUUUUCUGGGCAACUGUUUUUAUUUUGGUCAGUAUUUUGUUUAUCUAGGAAUGAUGGUUCGUCCGAAGUAGUUGUUGCAUAUAUUGAGUGGUUUACUUUCAAAUCUUGAAGUGUAAUUAUUCAGUUUUUGUAAGAUGUUUGUAGUUUACAUCAUAUGUAUGAAUAUUGUAGGUCUCUAGUGAAGAAGCCAUUGAAAUGGCUAAGCUUCUUGCUGUGAAAGAAGGAUUGCUCGUAAGUUCAUCUUUCAAUACUGCUUACACCUACCUUUAAGAGUGUGUGUGUGUGUUUUUAACUGCUUAUUCUGCUGUGUGGUAUAUAUGAGUUUUGUAAAUUCUGUCAUAGGUGGGAAUAUCCUCUGGUGCUGCUGCUCUUGCCGCAAUCAAGGUUGCAAAGCGUCCUGAAAAUGCUGGCAAACUCUUUGUUGUAAGUCUUUAGUUUGAUCUGAAAUCCUAGAUCCAGAACAAAUGUCUGAAAUAUCUGUUCUGUACUGAUCCUGAAAAAGGUUAAAACUGAGCUAUAACCCUCUGAGGAAGGGAACUUAAAUGUUUCACAUUCACCUGGAUGGUUACAAGAGAUCAUUAAGACCAUGCUAUCUGUCUUUUCAUUGACUGUUUUCUCUUCAUUCUUCAAUAGAAUGAAGGGGAAUGGUUGUUUGUUUCUUAAUAAACCAAUGACUUUACUUGUCUUAUUUUACCUUUUCCUAUUGUCCUUGGCUGUAAAUCAUAAUUUUCACAAUGUGAAAUUUGUGGAUGUACUAGGCAUCAUUCAUGCUCUUCUGAUGACCCUAAUACGGAUGCUAGCCGCUAUUAUGAGAUUAAAAUGCCAGGAUUCAUAAGAGAUUGAUUCUUGUUGGAAACUAAAAAGAUAUUUGAAAAUGGUAAAUCUGGUUUGUAUUAAGCUGGCCAGAAUGGUUGAACAAUCCCGUGGUGGUCAUAAAAUUCUUAACACCCUGCAGAUGUUUUAGUACACAUGUUUUGUAAAUACUAAUUAUAGUUCUUCGGGAUCUGUCAAGAUUUCAACAUUGUACUUUUAGCUAUUGAGAAUGACCAUGCUUUUGAACUUGUGGACAGGUGGUUUUCCCUAGCUUUGGGGAGCGGUACUUGUCGACUGUUCUGUUCGAUUCAAUCAAAAAGGAGGCAGACAGCAUGACGUUUGAGCCUUGAGAUAUUCAUGACUUCUGAUACACAUCAUACACUAAAACAAGCAUUAUGGGAGAAAAGCUGAGCAUCUGGAAGAUAUAUGAAUGCAUUGGAUUUCUCUGCUGUGUUUUCCCUGAUAAUUUCCAAUAAAUUUGUUGUUGUCUGAGUACCUGAGAUUAAUUUAAUGCGGUCCUGUACAUUUUGGUGUUUUUACUCUGAAUAAUUUUACAUUUUUUAGUUUGAAACUCCAAUUGAGCUCACUGCUCACCGAAUGUUGAUUCACAUUUUAGAAGCGUUUAAAUAUUUCCCUAUACAUUUUCAUUAUCAUAA